AACGAUUUUAUCCUAUUGACAGGUGAUUUUUAAAAGGGCGUGGAUGACCUAGGUUUUUUCAUCUUGUUUAUUGUAUUUCGCUCUUGAAACCUGUUCUUUGCUUUGAACUCGAAUGCAUCUAUAUAUUGGUUAAAUCAUGAAUCAUGAAAAUACCCAAAAAUAUGAAGAUCAAUGGGCAAACUUUAUACAGUCAUUAGACGUUGACCCUGAUAAAGCCAAGGGUAUUGAACAGCUGCCCGAUGAUCAGAAACGUCAAUUAUUGGAAAAUUAUGCUGUAAAAAAUCCAAAGUUUUCCGCUUUUCAUUAUGUUAGCCUGAUUAAAGGCUUGCGUGUCGGGCGGUCAACAUUGACAAAGAAUCCACGUAAAGGUGAUGCACAGCAAGCAAAAGAAAUUCUUUUAGCUACAGAAAUAUCAUUGCGAACAAACAAUGUAGCUUGGGUUUAUGAUUUUCUCGAUCAAGAGGGUUUGGAAGCAUUAGUGAAUUAUGUAUCUAGAGUAAUACACAUGGUUAUGAGUUUCAAAAGGUUUAGAAAAUGUUCUAUUUUGUCAACUGAUUUCCGCCCUACCGUGGAUGCCAUUCAGCAACAACGUUCUGCUCUUCUAGGUUCAUUUAGCUCGGAUCAAGCAGUUUCUAUAACUGAUCUGUGCGAUAAUAUUAAUGAAAGUGAUAAAGUUGGAUCUGGUUUAUGGUGCUCUAGUUUAAGGAAAAAAAGACAUGAUCGCAUUUCUUUUUCGCCUGUUCAUGUCCGACACAUAUCUGAUUCAAUCAGGGAUAGUCUUCAUCAAGGUGUCAGAUGCUUUCGUGCAUUACUUAAUAAUCAGCGUGGUUGUUCAAUGGUAUUUGAGCAUCCUCAUGCCGUGAAUGUUAUUGCUCUGUGUCUCCUGCAUCCAAGUUACCAAACAAAAACCUUAGUACUUGAACUUUUAACUGUUGUCUGCUUAAUCACUGGUGGACAUGAACGCGUAUUAAAUGCAUUUGAUAAUUUUAAAAAGGAAGUUGGGGAGUCUACACGUUUUGAAUAUUUAAUACAUUAUUUUUUCACACAUGAAUCUGAAUCUCCAGAUUAUAAUAUGGAUUUUAUGGUAUCGUGUAUGCAGUUUUUCAAUAUAGUUGUACAUUCAACAGAUGAUAUAAUGUUAAGAGUAUAUUUACAAGAAGAAUUUAAACAUCUCGGAUUAGUUAAUUAUUUAUCGAGAAUAUACAAUCAAUCCGGUGAUCGUCUUCUACGUCAAAUAGAAGCAUAUAAUGAUAAUGAAGUGGAUGUUGCAGUGUUAUUAGAAGAUUCACAAAUGCGUGAUGUGUUACAACAAGAGAAAGAACAAGCAGAAUCAGAUCUGAUCAUUUUACAAACUCGUACAGCAACAAUCCAAGCAGAAUAUGAAAAUAAAUUAUUGGAGCUUCAACAAAAAAUACAAGCUUUGGAAAUAAAAAAUCAAGAUUUAGAGAAUCAGCGCACUAAUCAAGAUGGUCAACUGUCUACACUACGUGCUCAACUAUUGGAUAAAGAUAAAAGCACAACAGAACGUGAGCGUAAUUUGCAACAACGACUACGUGAACUAGAAGAUACUUUGAAUACAGUUAAAAAUUCACAGUCGAAAUCACAAAUACAAGUGAAUGGGAUAGUUGGUAACUCUACCGAAUCGAUAAACACAACAAGUGGUGUUAUUACUGCUGGUGCUAAUGCUUCACCACCACCACCUCCUCCUCCCCCUCCGCCACCACCCCCUCCUCCCCCGCCACCCCCACCACCAUCUGCAGGUGGUAUACCACCACCACCUCCUCCUCCACCGGGAAUGGGUGCAAUGGUGCCUGGUGCAGAAGGUGUUUCCAUACGACCGCCCAUACAAACUCGAUACAAAUUACCAUUAGUUAAUUGGGUCCUGUUGAAAAAUCAACAACUUCGUGGUACAAUAUUUGUUGGCAUGAAUGAUGAAGCUGUUUUGGAUGCAUUGGAUACUGAAAGAUUUGAAAAUCUUUUCAAAUUGUCUAAUCAAUCAGUGAAUAAUAGUAAUAAAUCGGGUGUAAAUAAUCUGGUAAAUGGAUUAGAUCAGAAAGACAGUCGAAUAAGUAAAAAAGUUGAGAAAAAAUCUUUAAUGGAUUCAAAUAGACAUCGUUGUAUUGGCGUUUUAUUACGUUAUUUGGAAUCUGAAAAAUAUACACCAGAACGUUUAUGGAAUGAUAUUAAUCGUUUAGAACUAGGUCAAGAUGUAACAGAUCGUAUAUACCAUCAAUUGCCAACAGCUGAUGAAGUGAAAACUUAUUUAAAUUAUGAAUUCACUGAACAACGAUCUAUUGAUGAUUUAACGGAUGAAGAUCGUCUUUUACUACAUUUAUGCAAAGUUGAACGUUUAGGACCUAGAUUAGAAAUUAUUUUAUUCAUGAAUUCAUUUGAAGAUAAUUUGAAUGUAGUGAAUUCGAAAAUUAUUGCUGUAAGAUCCGCUUCGUUAGCAUUGAAAAACAGUUGUAAAUUUAGAGCUAUCUUAGAAAUUAUAUUAGCUUUUGGCAAUUAUAUGAAUAGUUCCAGACGUGGUAUUGCCUACGGUUUUCGUUUACAGAGUUUAGAUGCUUUAUCCGACACACGGACUUUGGAUAAAUCGUGGACUCUGCUUCACUUCAUAGUUGAAACAAUUGAAACCCAAUUUCCUGCCCUAGUUAAUUUUGACGAUGAAUUGACUGGUGUUGUAGAAGCUGCAAAGGUUCCAACAGAAGCUUUAACAAAUGAUGUAGCAGCAUUAGUUUCUGGUAUGUCACAAGCUGAUAAAGAGACAAUUAUUUUUGGUUCAUUGAAAACACCACAACGUUUAUCAGAUUUUGUAUUGAAUAAUAAAUCUAAAGUGGAAUCUAUUGAAAAGCAAGCAGAAACUGCACGUAAUAUGUUUGCUAGAACAAUUGAAUGGUUUGGUGAAGCGCAAAUUAAACCUAGUCCAGAACAAUUUUUCAGUUUAAUUGUUCGAUUUAUUAAGAAUUUCAAAAAUGCAAUAGUCGACAACGAAGCACGACGUCGUGUUGAAGCCCUUCAAAGUUUAAAUUCUGUAACCGGUGAUGAUAAUGGGCCAUUAUCAUCAAUCAAUCAAAUUUCAAUCAACCAUAUUCCAAAAAGACCAAAAGAUAAGCGUUUGGCACAAGAAGCUCGGUUGGCUAAACGGCGAUUUAAAAAUCGUACUAGACAGAUUACAGGAGAUGGAAUGAUGGAUGAAAUUCUAGCAGGUCUAAUAUCGGAACCAUUGCAAGCUGAGGUUCAUCCACAUCGCAAUCGUUUAUUUGAAAAUAAUAAUUGAAAAGUUUUCGUUUUAAUUUCUGUCCAUAAAUCAAGCAAUUGUCCACACACACACUACACACCUAUUAGCUUGUUGUGCACGCCCAAAUCAAUCAGUUAACUUGUCUUUUUGCUUGUUCAUUACAUUUUGAUUUGUUCUUUUUUUUCUUCUUUGUAAUUCACAUUAGUUUGUUCAUUGUGACUUAGUGUUUCUUAUUGCUUGUGACGACUAGUCAACUGACAGAUCUACAUACAUAUGUGUAGUCUUCUGUUUUGAUUGUGCUUCAAUUAAUUUAUAUAUAAAUAUUAAGAUCUUAUCUAAAUGAUCAUUAUCAUUUUCUUCUCUGUAUCCAGUUCAUUUAACUCACCAUUGAUUUGUUGUUUACAAGUUGGAGAGAUUGACACAUUGAAACAUAUUGUUUUGUAAUAUUCAUUUGAAGUACAGUGUUUAUUUUAAAAAAACGUUAGUCAUUUCAAACCUGUUUUUUUUUAAAGAAAAAUUUAGCUGGUUUGCAUCAAUAUUUUUGUUUUGCUCUAUUAUGUUCGAAUAUAUUGUUGUCGGUAUUAAUUAGUGUUAUGUGUUGUUGUUGUUGUUGUUGUUUUAAUAUCCACACUGUUUUUAUUUGAUGAUAUUCGAGUGUUUGUUAUGUGUUUGUAUUAUCACUGUAACACAAAUUCCUCUUCUUUCUAAGUUGCCUUUUUAUUAAUUUACUUGGUAAAACUCGUUGUUAUUGCUUUCUUUUGUUAUAUUUCUCUACUGAUCAUUAUCUACAGUUUAUUCGACUUAGAUAUUAUGACUAAUGAUGGUUUCUUUAUCUAUGAAGGAAAAAAAAACAUUCUUUUCUGUUCAAUUUUGAAUCUAGUCACAUUUUUAAAUGGUUAUGUGAUAAACUACAUGUCUCUUCAUCUCUCUCUUACUCCUUAUUUGUUUACUGCCUUACUUGUCUUCUCGACUUCGAAAAGGUUUUUUAUACUUAGGAAGAGGAAAAAAUAAACGAUGAUCUCCCGGUUAACCAAAUUUCUGAGUUUUUUUUAAUUAUUAAGACAAAACCUUUUGAAAUGAACACAUAUAUAUAUAAUAUCUGUAUAAUAAUUAUUAAUAGUGUUUUUACACUGAGUUCAAGUAUACUAUUCUUUUUCUUUACUUACCUAAUUAAUAUUCUUUUUAUCUAAUUUAGUCAGUUGUAUUCUAUAUUGUUGUAGUUGUUGCAAUCAUAUUGCCUGUUGUAUGUUUUGUUAAAGUUGACAUGUAUUUGUACACAUAUUUAUUAAUUCAUUGAAAUAACAACCAAAUAUUCUUUUAUUGUAUUAUGAUUUUCGAAUUAUAAUUUUCUUUUGUAUAUCUUCCUCUUUACUUACUUUUUGGUAGAUUUAUUCAUAGAGUGUGUUAAUCAGGAGAGAUUUUAUUUCCAAAAUGAAUUGAUACACUUAAAUUCUCUUCUUCAGAAUUGAAUACAUUGGUUGUCUACAAAAAUUUAACUUUUUUUUCUUGUAUAAGUUAUUUCACAUUCAUCUUUCAUAAUUAUUUGUCACUUAUAACUCCCUAUGAAUGUUGAUGUGCUUCGCUUUGAUUUGUUGAUUGCAUAAUUGUGACAAUAAUGAACGGUAAGAAAAUGGUUAUACUGAUAUUGUUGUAAAUUCACUGGACAUAGUACUAUGUGUUUUGUUGAAAUGUUUUCAUUUUUUUAUACCAAGAAUAUUCUUCAUUUUGUAAUUGAACUUUGUAUUGAAACUAUUGCUUACGUUCAUCUUGGUUUACUGUUUAAUUUUUUUUAAAAUUUCCUUACUAUCCGUUUAUAAAUCUGUAUAAAAUAUUUACGUGUUAAUUUUGGGUUAUAAUUUAUAUAUAUAUAUAAUAUCGUAUCAGGUUUUUGUCUUAUCCAGCUGAUCGGAGCUAUUACAUUCUUCAGAUAAGGAGUCAAUACAUAUUAUUCAUUCUAUUCUAAGAAAUAAUUCUGUUAGAUAUUUUAAACUGUACACAGUUAAUGACAUGAUCAUUUUCC